AUGCCCAGAGGCAAAGCCGGCACCGGACGACCCAGGCCGAUCUUCAAAGGGCUCAACGUAGCCCUCUCCGGCACCUUCCACGGCCAAUGGACGGACACGAACAUCUCCAGAUGGGUGAAUCUCCGAGCCGGCACGUUCAGCUGGCGGAUGAGUGAAGACGUGACCCAUCUUGUCUGCACAAAGGAAGAAUUUGACAAGAAGGGUCCUAGAGUCAAAGAAGCACUGGCACGCGCGUACAAAAAGGACAAGAAAUGUUAUCUCGUCUCCUUGGACUGGCUUGAGGAUUCGAUCCAUGAAACAAGACGGCUGUGCGAGGACGAGUUCUCGCAUGUGGCUACGCUUAAGGCCUUGAAGAAUAAGGCUAGGCUGGAGAAGAAGAUUGCGAAGGGCGUGGAGGAGGAGAAUAGGGCAGUGAACCAGAACCUCUACCGCGUCUAUUUCGACCCGACCGACUUCUUUGAAUACAACAUUAUUCUAGCAAGGGAUGGUGAGGAAAUGGGCAUCACUGGUGAGAGAUACGUGGUCAAGCUGUACGAAUCCAACGCCCUCCCUCAUCUAUACCACGUGGGCGUCAGGUACUACAAAAGCAAGAAGGACACCAUGCCGAAGCUCCACCGCCUUACCGAAACCCCGGGUGAUUUUCAGCGGGAAUACGAAUCCUUCAAGCGCUUUUUUGAGAUCAAAGUCGGAUAUCCAUGGGACGAGAGACUGGUCAGGGGCGUGGGAAGUUUGGGAGCGAAGUUCUUUUCCUAUCAACCACCAACGGGUGGUAAACCAGUUGGCUGGGUUCCACAAGAAUACAUUCCCAAGGAGCCAACUGCGCCUCACGAGGCAGAAGACAACACCGGCUCGGAGUCUGUGCCGAGUGAUCAACCUGCCAUGACACUCAACUCUGGAGUUACUCAUGAAGAGGAACCUACCACUUCUGCACAGGAAGGAAGUCAAGAUCAAACGCAUCAGAACGACCAAAGUCAGCAUCUUGAAGAGGCUCAGUACACUGAUUCUCCUCAUACGCCCCAGCAUGACAGGCGGGAGACUUCAGAGGAAACAACAGAAAAUAUGCUGCCCACACAAAAAGCAGACUCCACCGGAGAAAACGCAACAGUCACCAUAAUGCCAGUGGUGGACAGGGAGACACAGGUUUUCUAA